CACCGCCCUCACAUACACAGACAACAUGCUCUCGCACCGAAUACACCGCUCCCUCGCACUAAGCAAGUGCCCAAGCCGCCUCUCGCUCAUCACCUCCCGCGCCAACUCGUCGUCUGCGUCGCAGAGCGCAAAGGCCAAAGCCCAAGCCGCAGCUCAGCGCAAAGCCGGAGCCCCCUCCUCAGCGUCUCCAAAGCAAACAGACGCCGUCUCUCAAGCCAUGGCAAAAGAUAAAGCAGGGUUCAAGCCGAAAACAGGCCCAGAGGCAGACGCGGCAGCUCGAGCGGCCGAGCAGUUCAAGGAGCGCGUGGAGUUGCGCAAGAAGCUGAUUGUGGCGAUUUUCAUUGGCGUGCCCAUGAUGAUUCUUCUUAGUUACCAUUUAUUCAAGCGCUUAAAGGACCUGCCCAAGGGCCGAGCGAGCGAUCGAAAGAAUACACCUUCUACGACAUCAUGACGAGGACGAUUCGUAAGGAACGAAUAUAUAUGUAUAA